GGUAAGGUUUGUAUUGAUUAUUACUAGAUUGAAUUUAUGUGAUUUAUAAAUGUUAAUUAUCUUGUGCAGAGAAACAUAAAAUUGUCUUCAUUCCCUUCAAAAAAAAAAAAAAAUUGUCUUCAUUGUUGUCCCUACAAUUAUUUCGGUGAUGCUAUUUUCUAUUGGCUACUACUGGCUUAAGAAAAGGGGAAGAAAGAGUCGUAGGACUAUUCUUCGAGAAAAUUUUGGUGAAGAAAGUGCGACUUUAGAACCACUACAAUUCGAUUGGGUGGUAAUUGAAGCAGCAUCCAACAACUUUUCUACUGACAAUUACAUUGGCAAAGGCGGGUUUGGAGAGGUUUACAAGGGUAUACUUGUUGAUGGACGAGAAGUGGCUAUAAAAAGGCUUUCAAAAAGUUCUAAUCAAGGUGUAGAAGAGUUCAAGAAUGAAGUUUUGUUGAUAGCCAAGCUUCAACAUAGAAAUCUAGUGGCAUUUAUUGGUUUUUGCCUUGAAGAACAAGAGAAAAUACUUAUUUAUGAAUAUGUGCCCAACCAGAGUCUGGAUUACUUUCUAUUUGAUUCUCAACAACAAAAGUUGUUAACUUGGGUUGAACGCUUCAACAUCAUAGGAGGAAUUGUUCGAGGGAUUCUUUAUUUGCAUGAACAUUCUCGACUAAAAGUUAUACAUCGGGAUCUCAAACCUAGCAAUAUUCUAUUAAACGAAAAUAUGAUUCCUAAAAUUUCAGAUUUUGGUUUGGCUCGAAUUGUUGAAAUUAGUCAAGAUGAGGGAAAUACAAAUAGAAUUGCUGGAACAUUUGGUUAUAUGUCUCCGGAAUAUGCAAUGCUUGGACAAUUUUCUGAAAAAUCCGACAUUUAUAGUUUUGGAGUUAUGCUUUUAGAGAUUAUUGCUGGAAAGAAGAAUAAAAGUCCAUUUACUCCACACCAUGUUGCUUAUGACCUCUUGAAUCAUGUAUGGAGACAGUGGAUGGAUCAAACACCUAUAAGUAUUUUGGACCUAAAUAUUAAAGAAGAUUAUUCUGCAAAUGAAGUCAUUAAAUGCAUUCAGAUUGGUCUGUUAUGUGUUCAAAAUGACCCGAAUGCUAGACCUUCAAUUGUGACAGUUGCUUCUUAUCUUAGCAGUUAUGCAAUUGAAUUACCAACUCCAAAAGAACCUGCGUUUUUCUUGCAUGGUAGAACUUAUUCCGACGUUCUUGCACUAGAAUCAAGUUCUACUCAAUCUGCCAAUAGUUCUGUACUAUUCUCAAUCAAUCAAAUGUCUGCAAGUACUUUUAUUCCUCGAUAGUUUAUUAAUUUUUAUAAU